UCUCUCCGUCUUCAUUGUGAGCACUGACUCCCAGCGGUGGACACUGUUGUUCCCUCUCACGCUUCUGUGCUUGGACCACGCCGAGUUUUUGUGUCUGUUGUUAUUGUCUCAACUCAACUCGGUUCUCUUCCCGAGCCUGCGGGUCGAGGUUUGGACUGUGUCAGCGGCAGCAGCAGCAGCGGCGGCGGCAGGAGUAGCAGCGGAGGUCAGCUAGGCUAGGCCUUAACCCAGCUCACUUUAACACUUAUGGACUUUGAAAAACAAGCCUAACCGUUGUCUCCAGAACCGCGUGUGAAUGGAGCAGUGUGCGAGUACGGCCUCCCUGCUGGCCUCGGUGCGGGAGCAGGAGAGACAGUUUGAGAUGCUGAGCCGAGCUCUGGAGGAGGAGCGGAGGUCAUGCGCCGGCACCUUGCCCCGCCCCCUCCCCAACAUGCAGAACGGCCGCAUUCCUUGUGAUGCAGACAUAGAGAGGCUGACACUGAACGAGGGUUACAUCAACGGGACACAUCACUUCAGGAUGGAGCCUGGUCAGAUGGUGCAGGAGACAUACACGGUAGAGGAGAACCCACAGGAGUCCACACCUGUUGUCUCUUUGGAGACCAAUGAUGAUGGAACCACGCGGCGCACAGAAACCACGGUAAAGAAAGUAGUAAAGACCACUACUACUCGUACAGUCAUCCCCUCUGUAUCAGACACACUUUCCCUCGAUGGUGGGGGUUCAGUGACCGGUAUGGGGGGCUACACAACGCCCAUGGAACGAGUCUACAGACAGGCACCAGGUGUAGGCAUGCCAAUGGACUACCCCACGCACACUGUGCCUCGAAACUACCACUACGGACCCCAAGGCGGUUAUGACGACUACCGCACUGGACCUCCAUCUGAGACCUACGCAAGUCUAACCAGGGGUGCUCGCAUGGAUGAUCGCUACAGACCAGUCCAUCCAGAUGGUUACAGAACUCUGGAUCCAAGCUACAGAGCCCCCAGCAGGACCCAACUAGACCCCUAUGCUGCUCAGCCACAGGUUGGGCGUAUGGGUAGCGCUAUGGAGCUUUCCUCCAUCCCGAGGUUUGUUCCAGAGCCUUAUGGUCUGGAGGAUGAUCAGCGCAGCAUGGGCUUUGAUGAACCUGACUAUGGGAUGGGGCACCCAAUGCACUUCAGUACUAUGCCCCGCAACCACCAAGCAUUUCCCCAUGGCCCCCCACGCAGGACUGGGAGUUAUGAAGGCACCCUGGACGGCGACAUGAGUGGACCAGGGGACAUGUACUAUUGGGGUGGAGGAGCACCACUGGCUCAGGGGGAAAGGGGGAGCAUGGCCUCGUUGGACAGCACUCUAAGGAAAGGUCCAGGGCCCGGUGGCUGGCGGCAGCCAGAGCUGCCCGAGGUCAUCGCCAUGCUGAACUACAGGCUAGACCCAGUCAAGAGCAAUGCAGCCGCUUACCUGCAGCAUCUCACUUAUAAGAAUGAUAAAGUGAAGUCUGAUGUGCGUCGCAUGAAAGGAAUCCCUGCGCUUGUGUCUAUGCUCGACAACCCCAACAGAGACGUCCACCAUGCAGCCUGUGGAGCACUCAAAAACAUCUCUUAUGGCAAAGAUCACGAUAACAAGAUCGCCAUCAAGAACUGUGACGGCGUACCAGCUCUGAUCAGGCUGCUGAGGAAGACCCGCGACCAGGACCUCACUGACACCAUCACAGGAACGCUGUGGAACCUGUCGUCUCAUGACUCAGUGAAAAUGGAAAUUGUUGACCAUGCACUGCACGCCCUCUCCGAUGAGGUUAUGGUGCCACAUUCAGGCUGGGAGCAAGGGAGCAACGGUGCAGGAGGUGGCGAGGAGAACUGCAAGCCCAGACACCUGGAGUGGGAGACGGCCCUCACCAACACAGCAGGCUGCCUGAGGAAUGUGAGUUCGGAGCGAAGUGAGGCGAGGAGGAAGCUGAGGGAAUGCACAGGACUGGUCGAUUCGCUCAUGUACAUUGUCCAGUCCCAGAUUGACUGUAAAGAUGUCGACAAUAAGUUGAUAGAGAACAGUGUGUGUCUGCUGAGGAACUUGUCCUAUCACGUGCACCGUGAAAUUCCCGGCUGUGAGCGCUACCAGGAGGCUGCACCCAUCAACCAGGGCCCCGCCCCCUCCAGCCAGAAGGGUGGCUGCUUCAGCUCCCGCAAGGGCAAAGAUGAGUGGUUUUCCAAAGGUAAAAAAGAUGAGGAUGCAGCUGCAGAUGUAAUAGACAUUCCAAAGAGGACCACACCUGCUAAAGGUUAUGAGCUGCUAUUCCAGCCAGAGGUAGUUCGCAUCUACACCUCUCUACUGAAGGAGUCCAAGAACCCCACAGUUCUGGAAGCCUCAGCUGGAGCUGUUCAGAACCUGUGUGCCGGCCGCUGGACAUAUGGGCGAUACAUCCGUGCCUUGCUGCGCCAGGAGAAGGGUCUACCCAUGAUGACUGAGCUGCUGGCCCAUGGAAACGACCGUGUGGUCCGCGCCAUGUCUGGAGCCCUGCGUAAUCUGGCCAUUGAUGCACGCAAUAGAGAUCUACUAGGUAAACAUGCAGUGCCUCACCUGGUGGCCAACCUGCCCGGUGGUGGUCAGAGUCAGCCAGUGCGAGCGUUGUCAGAAGAGACAGUGGUGUCGGUAUUGAGCACACUUCAUGAGGUACUGGGCUCCAGUCUGGAAGCAGCCAAGACCCUCAGAGCUUCGCAGGGCAUCGAGAGACUGGUGCUCAUCAACAAAGACGGUAAUCGUUCUGAGCGGGAGGUGCGCGGUGCCGGUCUGGUGCUGCAGACAGUGUGGGGCUAUAAGGAGCUGCGACGCACAUUGGAGAAAGACGGCUGGAAAAAGACAGACUUCAUGGUCAACCUAAACCCUCCCAGCAGCAACACCAGGACCAACGGGGGUUAUGAGGACAGCACUCUGCCACUCAUAGACAAAGGCGGCAAAGGAGACAGGGAAAUGAUUCCAAUGAAUGACAUGGGACCAGAUGCCUACUCCACACUGGACCAGAGAGGGAGAAGGAACACGCUGGAUAACACACUCGAACCUGCUGACAAAGAUGCAGUACAGAAAAACUGAUUGUGUGCAUCACAAGACGACAGCCUCCUCCCACCUACUGCCCUUGCUGAACUGACACCGGGGGAUCACAGCACCGCCCAUGGGAUGAACCUCCAUCCUUUUACGCUCAACUCGUCUGUCCCUCCUUAUUCUUUUUGCAGCUCCCCUCUUCUCUCUAUCUGUCUCUCUUUCUCACAUUCCUCCACUGCAGCUCACACUCCCUGUGGACAACCGGAUGUGACACUUUGACCACUUUAAGCUCUGCGAUUCCCUAAGCCCCAAACAGAAGAAAGAAAGUAAAAAAAAAACUAACCUUUCAAACAACACUACAUCUCCACACUACAACACUAUGACUCACCUGGACGAAACUAAUGCUCUCUCUUGAAGAAAAAAGCAGAGGCUUCAUCCAAGGACUUACGUAAAUUCAUGGAUGUCAGAGUGUAGACUUAUGAGACUGAUGAAAUCAGAACAGGACACUUUAGGAAGUUUUACAUAAAUGGCUAUUAUACUCUGUUUUGAAGAAACUGGGAGGACCACUCAUUCACACUCUCUUUUCUUUCUCUGAUGGUUAAAAUAUUACAAAAACUAUGUUUAUCAAUGAAUCCAGUAUGUGUUAAUCUUCUGCUUCUGUGUUGGUUGUGGUUGCUCCUCUUGUUUUUGCUUCGCUGAGUACCACAGUGAUGUACAUGUGCCAAAUGACACUGCUUAUGCUGCGACUGCCAAGACUGAAUGCAAGAACUUCACACACACUCUCUUUUUCUAACAGCAGCUACACUGAAAACUGUCAUGGGCUUUGUUUUGUAUGCAGAUAACCAACGUUUAUGGGGCUGCUGCGUGUUUCUGUAUCUGAUUGUGAUCUGUAGAUAUUGACGGGGACAUGAUUAGAGCAGAGGAAAUCAACCAUUUCUAUCUCUCUCUUAUAUGUACGCCUCUUUGUAAUAUUUUGGGCGAUAACUUGGGAUUCAGUUGGGUCUGUGUUGUUUAACCCACAGGUCCAUUAUCUUAUGAAUGUGUACACACAAGAUGGUCUAACUGGAGUGCCUCGCUCAUUCAGGAUAGUUCUGAUGAGCGUGUCCAACAUGACAUUGUUAACCAAUUAAAAAGUAUUUUCCUUUCUCAGCAGGUUACUAGUUAUACUGUAGAUAGAGCUCAGCGGUUUUCAAAUCUGCAAGAUAAUGGAAGAUUGUGAACUUAUUUGUCUGUAAGAGUUCUUGUUAUUGGGAAUUUUUUUUUCUACGAGGUAUAAAACUCUUGAGUCCUGUUGUAAUGUGUUCUGCUUUAACACCCCCACAGCUGACCUGACUUUAAGACUACAGAACAGUACAUGGGAGAAUACGCCGCAUUGUCUGCUUUUGUUACAGUGCUUGUUUUGUCGCAGAAUGCAUAUUCCCAAUGCAGAGUGAGAUGUAGAUACUUGCUAAGUGGAAGAUUAAAAGAAGCACUCGGGAGGGAAA